CUGGCUUGGAAAGGGAGGUGUGAGCAGAGAUGUCUUUUCAGGACUCUCCUGUCGUUCAAGACAAUUACUUCCAUGAACAAGGAAGACAUGGAACCUGUAUUGCUGUCUGCCCAUUCCCAGACAUUAGUGACCUUCAGGGAUGUGCUGGUGGACUUCUCCAAGGAAGAAUGGAAGCUUCUGGACACUGAUCAGCAGUUCAUAUACAAAGACGUGAUGUUGGAGAAUUAUAAGAACCUGGUUUUCUUGGGGUUUCAGCUUCCUAAGCCAGAUGUGAUUCUUCGUUUGGAGAAAGGGGAAGAGCCCUGGCUGGUAGAGAGAAGGAUUUACCCUGAGACCCGAUUAGAUUCAGAAGUUAAGUCAGUUUCCAGUAAGAAGACUUCUGAAGAACAAACCUGUAACAUUAAAGUUGAAGAAACUACAAGGGAUGAUCUGUGGUAUUUGUCAUUGGAGGAUGUCUGGAAAUGUGGAGACCACAUAGGCAAAUAUCAAGAAAAUGAGAACAGACAUUUGAGACAAGUGACAUUCCAUCAAAAGAAAGUAAGCUACCAAGAGAAAGUUUGUGAAAGCAAAAAUGAAGGAAGUUGUCUUCUUCCUGCUCAACUCAUACUGAGAGAGUAUUUGAGUAAACGUGUCUCACAAACAAAAAGUUCAAAACAUGACUCAGAAUUUAGUGGGCAUCAGGAAAGCUGUUCAAGCAACAUUAGUGAAUGUGGUCAACCCUUCUAUGAAAACAUCCACCUUAUUCAGUUUGCAAGAACUUAUACAGGAGAUAUAUCCUAUAAGGGCCCUGAUAAUGACAACUCUUUUAUCCUCGGUACAUCCCUUGGUAUAUCAAAAGGUAAACAUAGAGAAAAACCCUAUGAAUGUAAGGAAUGUGGAAAAUUCUUCAGCUGGCGCUCUAAUCUUACCAGGCACCAGCUUAUUCACACUGGAGAGAAGCCUUAUGAAUGUAAAGAAUGUGGAAAAUCUUUCACCCGGAGUUCACACCUUAUUGGACAUCAAAAGACGCAUACUGGUGAGGAGCCCUAUGAAUGCAAAGAGUGUGGAAAGUCCUUCAGCUGGUUCUCCCACCUGGUUACCCACCAGAGGACACACACAGGAGACAAGCUGUACACGUGCCAUCAGUGUGGGAAGUCCUUUGUUCACAGCUCCCGGCUGAUUAGGCACCAGAGGACUCAUACUGGAGAGAAACCCUAUGAAUGUCCUGAGUGUGGGAAGUCGUUCAGGCAGAGCACACACCUCAUUCUGCAUCAGAGAACUCAUGUCAGAGUUAGGCCAUAUGAAUGUAACGAAUGUGGGAAGUCAUACAGCCAGAGGUCUCACCUUGUUGUUCAUCACAGGAUUCACACUGGAUUGAAGCCUUUUGAAUGUAAAGAUUGUGGGAAAUGCUUCAGUAGAAGCUCCCAUCUUUUUUCACAUCAGAGAACCCACACUGGAGAGAAACCAUACAAAUGCCAUGAUUGUGGAAAAUCCUUCAGUCAGACUUCUGCCCUUAUUAUACAUCAAAGAAUUCAUACUGGAGAGAAACCCUAUGAAUGUUGUCAGUGUGGGAAAGCCUUCAUUCGGAAGAAUGACCUCAUUAAGCACCAGAGAAUUCACAUUGGAGAAGAGGGCUAUAAAUGUAAUCAGUGUGGGAUUAUUUUCAGCCAGCACUCUCCACUUAUAGUCCACCAGAUAGCUCACACUGGGGAGCAGCUAUUCACGUGUAACCAGUGUGGGACAGCACUGGUUAGUAGCUCUCUAGUUAGAUACAAAAAAAAUAGUACCAGAGGAAGCACUUAGUAAUGUAUUGAAUAUAGAGCACUCUUCACCAGGAGUAGUAGGUUUACUGUAUAUUACAGAACUGGAGAAAUGCUGUGCAAAUUGAACCUACAUGGAAAUGAUUUUCAUUACUACCCUAUUGUAUCUCAUAUAAUGGAUCCUGGAGUGGAAAACCACAAAUUUCAU